CCAGUGAGGGACGGUGACGGAUCACACUGUAGUGAACAACAUCUGCAACUGAAUCUGCUGAGUACCAGAGUAAGAGCUACACUGAAGCUGGAGGUGAAGACUAAUCACUGAUCAUGAAGGUCCUAUCAUGUGAAAGAAUGGGGUACGGCGCCAUCUUCCUCAUCUUUGUCUUAAUCUUAGUGCUACGUAACAUGGACGUUCUGGAGUUUCAGCCUAAAGUCAUCUUCGCCCCGAGAGUCUCCUCUGGCCCUGCCAUGAAUCGCAGCUUCUGCACCUUCCAGCCGCUGUCCCCUCAGGACGCUCUGGAGGAACGCCUCAUACUAGACUCCACUGCUUGGCCUGAAACGCCACUUUUGCCAGCUCUUAUUUCCUUGGAGCAGACCAGUGAUCCUGCUCACAGCAACUUCACCAUUCUCCCAGGGAGGAGAGGAGGACAGUGGCAUGUCGGGGAUCAGCUGGAGGUCAUGAUACAAACCUGUGACUUCCAGGGUCGUCCCAAGAAGUCUGGGGGGGACUUCCUACUCGCCCGGCUGCACAACCGGACGCUUGAAGCUGGUGUUGCUGGGCAAGUGGUGGAUCAUCUGAAUGGGAGCUACUCUGCUGUCUUCUCUUUACUCUGGGAAGGAGACGCACAGGUUGAGGUGACUCUGGUUCACCCUGGAGAGGCCAUCUCAGUGCUGAAAAGGCUGAACAGAGAAGAUCCUGACAGGAUUUACUUCAGGAGCCUCUUCCGCUCAGGCUCACUCUCUGAAACCACCAUCUGUAACGUCUGCCUACGUCCAACCGAGCCGCUGUGCAACCACACGGACCUCCGUACAGGUGACCCUUGGUUCUGCUACAAGCCAAAGAACCUGAGCUGUGAUGCCAGGAUCAACCACGCUAUGGGAGUACACAACCAACAAAUCAAGGCCCAGGAGGUGAAGCUCUUUAAAAGUGGUGUUAACUUGAAAGUCUACAUUCGGACUUCACCUGCUAGUGUCACCGUGUUGCCACAAAAAGAAGGUCAGCUGAAGGUGAAGAGCAGCACUGUGACAUCUGGACCUUCUGGUUAUUACUACCAGGGUUUGUGGCGAGCACUAAGUGGCAUCACAGUUCGCCAAUUCAACGAGUCUGCCAUCACUGAGUGUCUGAAAGGCAAGGCGGUCCACAUGUAUGGAGACUCCACCGUCAGGCAGUGGUUUGAAUUCCUCAACGCAGCCCUACCAGAUCUUAAGGAGUUUGACCUGCACAGCCCGAAAAGAGCUGGACCGUACAUUUUACUGGACUAUGCAAACAACAUCUUGGUGAAGUCCCGCUUCCACGGCCCUCCCAUCCGGAUUGUCCCAGUCUCGACCAGCGAGCUUCGUUACAUUGCCAAUGAGCUAGAUGGCUUAAAAGGAGGACCCAGAACUGUCGUAGUUUUUGGCAUCUGGGCUCACUUCGGCACUUUCCCCAUGGAGAUCUACAUCCGGCGGCUGCAGAGCAUCCGCAGGGCGGUGGUGCGGCUGCUGAACAGGGCUCCAGGCACGCUGGUCGUCAUCCGGACGGGGAACCCCAAAGUGUUGACGCUUUCUGUGUCGAUAAGCAACAGUGACUGGUACUCACUGCAGUGUAACAAGGUGCUCAGAGCCGUGUUCAGAGGACUCAAUGUUCAUCUGAUCGAUGCCUGGGAGAUGACCCUGGCCCACCACCUGCCGCAUAACCUCCACCCACCACCUCCCAUUAUUAAGAAUAUGGUAAACCAUCUCUUGUCCUAUAUAUGUCCCCAAAAGGGCGGCUAAAUGUUUGUGUCUUGGGGAGAGGAAUGGGGAUUUCAGCAGUUGAGUUCACGGAUUUUCUGUGUUUCCACCAAGAGCUGCCUUUAUCCUUGAGCAGUCCAUGCUCAGACCAGACCAACCAAUCUAUUUACUAAAAGAAUAACUCAACCCGCCGGAUGGUUUGUUACACAAAAUCAUCUGAGAUGCCUUCAUUGGUAGUUA